GAGGUUCAACCCCUCGACUUCUGGGUAGCAUAGUGAUAUUUUUAGUGGUGGCUUAUAACAGAAAGUUGGCCUCCAGCCAGCAAGUGUCUCCGUAGAGUUUCUAGCUGCAGAACACGAGUGGAUCUCAGCACUUCGACAAGAGCAUUUCACGAAUAUUUAGCGACUUCGAACUCCUGCGCCAGGGCCAACACUCGCAAACUGCACCCCUUUGGCUCUGGAAUCGUUGCGGACCGCGAUAAGGGGAAAUCGGCUGGCAAAGACAUCGCGAGGACGUUAGAAUGGGCGCAGGAGGCAGUGUGCCCACGGUACCGACUGACGUCAGAAGUAUAGAGCCGCCGCCACUGCCGCCGCCAUUUAUUACUAACGGUCAGCAAACGACAAGAAUAUCAGGAGCAUCGGUAGACGAGUCGCAGGACAGAUCAACCAGCAGAAGCAGCACCGUUGAUCUUGGUGGACCACAGUCGCAGGGUCCCAGUCCUUACGCAACUCUCAGGAGGGAAGAGUGGUGGCACCACAGACCAUCCGCGCCAAGUUUACCCAACCUUCAGCCCCAACAAGAAACCUUGUUAACUUACGCGGCUCAGAUGACAGGUUGGCAGGCUGCCGGAGGACCUGGUCCUUCGACGACCACUAAUCAGGAUGUGACGGAACUUACAAGAACUAUUUCACACCUGGCACUGGCCAAUCAGCAACUGUCCACGGCUCACAACAUGGCCUUGGCCCACCUGGAAGCUCUUUACGUUGAGCUCAGAAGGUUGAGGGAGUCCAGGAAGGAAGGUGCAAGCUUCGAUCUAGUGGAGGAAGAUUCGAAGAUGAGACUCGACGAGGAUGAGGAUAAGGAUAGACGCGACAUGAGAGUUCACAUAGGUAGAUUGGAAGCUCUGAUAGCCGAGAGAUCAAGCUUCUUUAAAGAUCAGGAAAUCUUGCAGAGGGAGGAAGAAAGGAAUUUGCGCGAUCGGGUGGAAAAAUUGGAAAACUUGCUGAUCGCCAGAAACGAGGAAAUUUUAAAGAUAAAGGAAUGCGCUCAGGAAUCGGAUAAGGAUGACGAGGAGAAAAUCGAAUUGAGACGCAGACUCGAAGUGGCGGAAGGUUUGCUGGUGUCUAAGAACGAAGUAGUGGAGGACGAGGAGAAGAGAAGAAUGCGAAAAAAAAUUGAGUAUUUGGAAAAUCUUUUAAGAAAUUUAGAAAGUUCGAAAAAUUCUUCGAGUAGAGAUAAUGGCGUCGAGGCAUCGGGACCAGUCGAGGUUCAAUUUUUGGUAAAAAGACAAGCUGCAAGCUCAGAUUAUGAAAAAGCAAUGGCCAAGAUUGAUGAUUUGGAGAAGCAGCUACAAACGGAAAGGUCAAAACAUACGAGCGAUAACUUUGGUGAUGAUUUGAAUCACGAGUAUCAAAAGGCCGUACAUAGAAUUCAUAUUUUAGAAGAAGAACUAGAUAACGUGAAGGGAAGAAGCGAAUCUCAGACAAUGAAGGAGGAUCUGGAGCGGAAGUAUGACCUGGCUGUGGACCGGAUGGUCGGACUGGAUACGAAGUUGAGACAGGAGGAGGACGCCGAAGAGUCGAGGAAAUCCCGUGAGAAGAUCUUUGAGAAGUCGCAGAACGACGAAAUAGUUAGAUUAACGAAUGAGAUUGAGAAGCUGAAGACUGAUCGGUUCGAAACUCAGGAAAUCAAUGAGAAACUCAGGCACGACUUGGAGCUGCAGAAGGAGACUAUAGAAAAGCUUAAAGAAGAUUAUGAGAUUUCGAAAACGCAAUACGAAAAGGUCGAAUUGAACUUGAAUGAGCGCACGGAAGAAUUCAAGAAGCUACAGGAGGGUUUCGAGUUUGCAAAAGAGGAGACAGUGCGCUUACUCAAGGAGCUUGAUGCAUUCCAUCUAGAGAAGGACACUGCCAAAGCAAGGAUCUCGAGCUUAGAGCAGGAUCUGCAAAAGUCUCUCUUGGAGAAGGAGCAGAUCAAAGGCAUCGAGAGCCAGAAGUGCUCGAGGCUGCGAGCUCAGCUGUCCGAGGAAGUUUCCGAUAAGAAGAAGCAAAUAAAGGCCCUCGAGGAUGCCCUCGAGGAAAUCCAAAGACUGAAGGAAGCAGUUAAGGCUGAGAAAAAGGACUUGAGUCCUGACGGGAACGUUCAGGUCCUUGAGCCAGUAGUAGAAGCGAUUGAGACGAGCGAGGAAGUACCUGAGGUACCUGAAGAGGCGACGAGCAAUCGCGCCAGCAACAUGGAGGAGUUCAAGAAGGAAUUGACCCUCAAGAGAGAAGCCAGACAGCGAGCAAUAGCGGCUGUUUCAUCCGAGAUGGAGCGACUCAGACGCGAGUUGGAUGCUGAGAAGGAAGCACAUUCUGAGACUUCGAAGGUCUUGGAGUUGCUGAAGUCUGCUCAAGGUGGACCAGCGUCAAGGAGCGAAGACUCUGAGAGGCUCGAUGACUCGGGUACGGAGGAAGUUCGAAGGUUGAAGGAAGAAGUGAGAAUGGAGAAAGAAGCGCACGAGGAGACUUUGAGGAGAAUGGAAGCUCAAAGACUGGCGGAUACUUUGAAGAUUUCUGAUGAGCUGAAGAACAACAUUCGCUUACAAACGGAAAAAAUUGAUGACCUUCAGUAUCAGCUGGAAUGCAAUCACGAAGGUCACGAAAAUCAGAUUUCAAGGUUAAAGGAAGUUAAUAGUAAAAGUCGUGAAAUUCUUAAGCAAAGGGAGAGGCAGAUAAACAAGUUGAAGGAUCUUCUGGCUCAAAUUUUGGCUAGACUCGGGGAUAGGAGCUUUUUAGAAAUUUCGGAUGACGUCAGGUACGAGUACGACCAGCAAUUGGAUAAUAUUCGAAAUUUGAAAAGUUUGUACGAAGAGCGUUUAAAAGUUUUGAACGUUUUGAAAGAUUCGGCCACUAAAGAAUUGGUUGACGUUAAAGAGAAAUUUGAAAUUGCUCGAAAGAAGAGCGAAGGAUUGGAAGAAGAUUUGAAAAAGGCUGAAGACAAGAUUGAUAUCCAAGAUACAGAAAUCUCAAAUUUGGAAUCCCAGCUUGGUCUGACCAAAGCGGACUGCAGAGACCUUCAGAAUCAAAUGUCCGUUAUCAAUAGUCUUUUUACACAAAUGCUGCUCAGUGCGUCCUCCGCCGAUAUGGAUUUAGACAGGUUGACUCGAUUACUGCAGGAGAAUCACGAUUUAAUAAGCGAUAUGGCACGAGAGGAAGGUACUGAAGCAGCAGCACUGCCAAAACUUCUUCUAGACAUAGUGGAACAGGUCGAAGGUCGAAACAGAGCUCAGUCAUCCGGAUCUGAAAUAGAGAAAAAAGAAGAGGAUCCCCAGGAAGAGAAUAUCGCCCAUAAUUUACCAAAAGUGUGGCGUGUCUUGCUGGAAUUGUUGAGUUGCCAUGCCGUAGGCGCACCUGCAGUUUCAGCCUCGUCUUCGUCUGCCCCCGAUAGCUGUUACAAAUCUGUGGAUACUCCCACGGGACCCAGGCUGGUUAUUUCAGUUAGUAAGACUUAUAUACGUUUGAAGGAGCUGAUCCUGGAGAAGAAACAUUUGGAGAAGGAGAUGAAUAGGAUGAAACAGCUGAAUACUCAUCUGGAAAGCAAAUUAGGAGAACAGGAGAAAAGACUGUCAAUGGUUUCGGAUGAAUUGAGUAAAACGUGGAAUAUAGUGGGUCGAAUGCAGGCGCAGCAUCAGCAGCUUCAUACUCAUGAGAAAAUUCUGAGGUACGAGCUUCAGCAGAAGCGAAAGAUGCUUCAGGAAUUGAAGCAGGAAUUGGAGUAUUGUAGAGAAAAGUGGGAAUCUGCCAGGCAGAAGAAUACAAAUACUGAAAUAGAAUGGAGAAGCCUGAGAAGAGAAUUUGCAGCCAGAAAGGCACUGGCUGCACAGGAUUCUUUUAAUAACAGUGGAGAAAGUGGAUUCAGCGACGAGCGCGGUGAUGACUCGGAUGAGGAGGACGAGGCUGUCGAGGAAAGAGUCAGAAUCAGUCCUCGACGAAGAGCCAGGAAGGAAAGUCCAAGGGUGCCUACCCCUGACACGGAAUCCGAACAACCAACGGACACUGAAUUAUCCGAAUCCAAAACUGGAUCGUCCAUAACUUUAGAACAGCGAACUCCGACACCAGAAACAGAAGCUGAAGUUGAUUCUGAGAUCAUAGAAGUCGAUGCGAGUGAUCCUAGACCCGCGACCCCUGAACCAGACUGCACCCCUGACAGCGAACCCCUGAAUCCUCUGGAUCGUGCCCUGACGAACGUCAUCCAGAAUCUGAUAAAAAUAGACAGCACCUCCGGCGGCAGUACCUCAUCCACGUCCAGAGAGAGCAUCGCGAUGCCAUCAGGUUCUUGUAGUUUCCGCGAGUCAGGUUCCGCGAAUAAGUCAAAGAGCGUAAGUCCGAAAAGAAGGAAUUCGAAAAGAAGUGCCCGCGAAUGGAGUCCUCACAGCGAGCCCUGGACAUCCUGGAUGGGAGAGUUCGACUUGAGUACGCUAGGAUCAAAAAAGUCAUCUAAACAAAAAGAGUCUUACCUAGAAAGGUCAUCCUCGCAGCCGCCUUCAGAAAGCACAUCGGCUCUGGACCUUGAAGUUUUCAAUGCCAUAACCGAACCAGUAGAGAGCAGCCUAGAGAUCAUUGGACAGUUGGCGGCUCCUUCGACCAGCAACUUCAUCGAGGUGGCCAGAUCGUCUUCGGUGAUCGAGAGGUUCGACCCGGUGACCACAGCCAAUCUCGAGGGUGAGAAAGAUUCUGUGAACCUCGAAGAUGAUCCAAGGCCUUCCAAUACCACACCCACGCUGUCUGUCUUCUCGAUUGGACCCUUUCCAAGCCCCAAGUUAUCUCAACCCGUGAAAAGUGUUCAGUUCAGUGAACCUCUGGUGAUGGGUCCAUCUAAUAACCUUUUUGCUACAGUUUUCGGUUCGAACGCGACCGACCAAGGGAUUGUGUCGUUGGAAGAGGAGCGUGCAUUCAAACCGGAAGUGACAGAAGGUGACAAUAUAUCUAUCGAAUCAACCUCGAGUUUGGAAACUGUCAAAGAAUUUCCAGUGUUAACACCAAAAUACGAAGAAACGACGACUAAAGACCCUUCUGACAAUUCUGCUAAGGUAACAGUAGUCGAGAACGUUAAAGUAGAAAAAGUGGAAAACCCAUCUACCUCACCACCGGAAACAGUUGCCUCCUCUUCCGCUACGAGACCCAAUCGCACUCCUGAGGAAGUUUUAGCUUCUCGUGCAGCCAGAUUGAAGCGGCUUGAAGAGCAAGCUGAUUGGCUGAUGAAAAAAAUGAAUGCUACCAGCCAAAGAAGUUCCGCUCUGAGUACCAGACUCGAGGAACUUCAUGAAGUCUAUGGUGAACCACCGGCGCCGCCACCGUUGCCAAAUUCGUUACCGAGUCUUCGAAUUCAGACAGAUUUGGAAGCUCCUAAGGACCCACCGUUUCCACCGUCUCCACCCCCGAUGCCGUCUGUACUUCCUGCUCGAAGAUUAUCAACGACCGAUUACGUCAAUGACAGCGAAUCCCCACCUGACAAUGCGCCCUGAAAAUUUCGAUCGAUCAGGCAAUUAUUGAGAUAUACCUAUGAGGGAUGAGAGAAGGGCCUCUAUUCUCAUUUGAGCUUAUCUUGCCGAGCUGAGUGAAAAAGCUUAAGAGCUCAAAAGCUUCAGACCAAUUCUGUCUGUGGGCAGAAACAUUUUGGGAGUCUCAGGCCCGUUUUUUCAAACAAACUAACGGGUUCGACAAAAUUGUCUUAUCGACGUUAUAAUAAUAACUUUUGUAUGAUAGCACAAAUGGAGGUUAACAUCAAACCUUAAAAAAGCGAAAUGUAUUAUGUAUAAAUAGAAUUGAAAUGACCGACGAAUCGCGCGCGAAUUCGAGACGAACGAAAGUUUAAUUUAUUUGUUAAAAUGAAACGACUUUUUAGUAUUUUUCUAAUUUGUUACAUAUUUCGAUUUUAUAAUCGAAAAAGAAAUAGGAAGUGACGAGGUAUAUUGCUGUACCGAUGAAACCGUAAAAGCCUCUAUAGGAAUUCUCAAUCGAUUACUGAUCUAUUGUUACUUGUAAUUUAAAUGUUGUUCCUGAUGUUUUCAUAAUCCGAUUGAUUGUAAGUGGCGUCCCUUAUUGUUCAUGGCGAACGUCACUUUAAUUAAUGUUUAUCUCGUCCUGUUUUUUACCUUUGGCUGUGUAUUUGAUUGAAAUAAACUUUUGUCAGUGAGUUA